AAUGUGGUGCUUAUAGAAAAUACAGAUGCUACUCUUUCUCGUUGCGAUUAUCUUAAGUCAAGUGAUAUCACAAAAUUGAUUAAUAACCAAUGGAUUAGAAUAGUCUAUUAAAUUAUUACGCUAAUCAUGGACAGCUCUAGUUCUUUUCUCUUCAGUGUGGUAGAGUCUGUAAACUAAUGAUUCUAACUUUAUUGUUCCAGUGGUGUCUGGUUCAGUCAUUUUCCAACCAAUCAUAAACGAAUACUAACCUCCCAUCACCUCUCCACCCACUUUAUCAUUAUUAUUAUUUCCUUUGACCCUGAAAUUCGCCGGCUUCUCUCACACCACACUUCUGCAGAUGUCUGCUUUUGAACGUCUGUAACACAUGUCGGCUCACAUCCAGCUACCCAGCAUCCAUGGCUGUCCUUCACUGUCCGUCUUAACUGCUCAUUGACAUGUGACGCCUCACCGGUCCUCUUUAUGACAUCAUAUCCUGUUUUGGAAAAAUGCAGCCAGCUAGGGUGAAUAAGGUACAGUAAAAAUGAGGAAAUGAAUGUCUAUCAUGUGCCGUGAUGUUCAAAAUGAACCUUUUUCCUUUGAAUCAAGAUUGUUGAUGAAAGAAUGUUUCAUGAAAUUAUUGGCAAAGCAAAUGAUCUGAUCAAGUCGAUAACGCAUCUUCUUGUUUUUAUUGGGAAUGAUUCAUUGGUGCAUGUUAUGUUUGUCUUUGUAAUCUUUUAUUAAAUUGAUACAAAAAUUUACUUUCUGUUUCAGCUGAAGUCGCAAACCCCUCUUACUUUUUCCAUCCCUCCCUUCCAGCCGUCUGUGAUUGUAGAGACACUUUUCACUGAUAAAUCCAUUGUCUUUCUCUUAUAGUCAAAGAUAUGAUUUAUUCCCCACUCUGAAUGUCAUGCAAGUCUAAUAAUGUUGACUGAUUGCAGGGACACAGCAGGUCAGGAGAGGUUUAACAGCAUCACUUCAGCGUAUUACCGCGGCGCGAAAGGCAUCGUGCUGGUGUACGACAUCACCAAGCAGGAAACCUUUGAAGACCUGCCUAAAUGGAUGAAGAUGAUAGACAAGUACGCAUCAGAGGAUGCUGAGCUCCUAUUGGUUGGUAACAAACUGGACUGUGAGUCUGAUCGCGCCAUCUCACGACAACAAGCUGAGAGGUUUGCUUCACGGAUAUCAGGGAUGCGUUUCUGUGAGGCCAGUGCCAAGGAUAACUUUAAUGUGGAUGAGAUAUUCCUUAAACUAGUUGAUGACAUUUUGAGUAAGAUGCCUCUUGAAGUCCCCAGUAAGGAGCUGUCCAACAGUGUCCUGUCCCUUCAGCCCGAACCCGAAAUCCCACCAGAGCUGCCUCCACCUCGCAUGCGCUGCUGUUGAGACUCGGUUCUAUAACCCAACACAUGCUGUUACAGACUCCCGCCACCAGGGGUGACCAGCCCAUACCGAUGAUGGCCUGUCAUUACCAGAGAAGAUGAAAGAUAUAUAUAUAUAAUCGUCAAUAUAAUCAUCCCUCACAAACCAUAGACUGUGCAAUUUAACAUACUCCGUAUUUUGGUACCUCUAGAUGCCAAUAAAGAACAUCCGUGUCAUCA